AUGAUAUAUUGUUUCAAGAUCCUAAAUGAGAAAAACAUGUUAGUAAACAAGCCUGCGCCAUAAAGAGAAUUCAAUAUAGAGGGUUACAUUUAAAUGGAUAAUGUCACUGAGGAAACUAUAUUUUUCAACUCUAAAUUCGAGUCAGGAAACCUGAGACAAGCAUUUAAAGUCCCAUUGUCUGUUCUCAUGUAGCAAUAAAAUUAGUAAUCCCAAUAAGCCUCUGAAAUAUAAACUCCAAUUACUCCUGAAUAUAAACUUUACCUACAAGAUGAUACAAAUAACGAUAAUUCCUUGACAUAGUGGUUUUAUUUUUCAGUCUUUAACAUUAAGAAAGAAUUUGUAAUUAAGUUAACUAUUGACAAUCUGAUGAAAGAUGAUAGCUUGUAUUCAAGUGGAAUGAAGCCAUUCGUAUACUCUAUAAAAAAGAAGAAAUUUUAGAAUAUUGGAUGGCAUAGAGGCGGUUUUGAUAUUUCUUAUAAUCCGAAUGGACAAACAAUUAGAACUAGUUCAAAAACAUUAGAUCAUGAUUUUGACCCAUCGUAUGUUGAUUUUGUGGGUGAUAAAUUUAAGUAAAAUAGUUCUUUGACUUUUCAUUACAAAUUUGAAUAUGAAAAUGAUAUCGUAUUCUUUUCUCAUUUCGCUCCAUAUACUUACACUGACCUUACAAAUUAUCUUGGAAUGAUUCAACAGAACGAAGAUUAUAAGGAUAAAGCAAGAAUUGAUGGGCUAUGCAAAAAGACUUAUCUCAGUGCAUAGGAAGAAAUCGAGGCAUUCCGAGUUUUCGAAUAUCGCAUUCCAAAAUCAUAAGGUGGAUUAUAAAAUGGAGAAAAUAUUAAAAAGGAAAAAAAGAAAAAAAAGAAGAUUAAAGAUAAAGAGGGCCAAAAUUAAGGUUAAGGACAUAAAUCUAAAAAGAAAAAUAACUCCAUAAAAAAGAGCAUUGGUUAAGAUGGCGGCGCUCAUAAUGAUUUAGAUGAAUCAAAGAAAGAUACUAGAAAUGAGGAAAAGCUUCAUAAAAAACCUGAUUUAGAGUAUAAGCAAUUCAUAUUUAUUUCUUCGAGGGUUCAUCCUGGGGAAUCAAAUGCCUCCUAUUUAUCUCAUGGUAUGAUUGAGUUUUUACUUUCAAAUGAUCCUGAAGCACAUGAGCUAAGAAAUAAUUUUGUUUUCAAAAUUGUACCAAUGUUGAAUCCUGAUGGAGUUAUUUACGGUAAUUAUAGAUCUUCUUUACUUGGUGUUGAUUUAAAUAGAAGAUGGAAAAACCCAAGUAAAUUUCUUCAUCCUACUAUAUAUUACUCCAAAUAACUGAUAAAGUGGAUGCAUUCCUAUUAAAAACAUCCUCUUGUAUAUAAUGAAACAUAAUACAAUGGUGUUGUAAUGAGUUGUGAUUUUCAUGGCCACAGUCGAAAGAAGAAUAUAUUUAUGUAUGGUUGCUUCUUACCAACUAAUGAUCCACUUAACACCACAAAUUAAAUUAUUCAUUCAGUUCCCGAAGCGGUAAGUACUGUCUGUCCAAUCUUUAGUAUAAAGGAUUGCAAAUUUUCAUGUGAAAAGGAGAAAGAAACCACAGCUCGAAUAGUGCUGUAUAAAGAACUGGGAAUACUUAAUUCCUAUACUCUUGAGGGUACAUUUUAUGGAAGUGAUAUAUUUAAAUAACCUUAAAAGAGGUUGCAAAGUAUGAAUAGUUUUGUGUCAUAAUAGAAUUAAACUAUUGUCUCUCCUUGGAUGAGUACAGAUCCAAGAGAAGAUAUUCAUAUCACUAUUUCAGAUUUGAUGGAAGUAGGUAAAGAUUUUGGAAGAGGAAUAUAUCAAGCUAUACAAACAAAGCUGAUAAGAAAGUUAUGGUUUCCGCAUCAUAAAAGUAAGAUGACAGAGAAAAGAACAUCUCAAAGCAAACUUAUUUAAGCUGAAAAAGUUGUUAAAAAUAUUAAUGAAAGAAUAUAAUUUCGAAGAAGUGAUACAAAUCAUAUACCUAUUGAUCCAAGAUACAAAUCAGGAAUUGUAACUAAGAGAAAUAUCUAAAAUGCAAGUGUGGGUUAGAAUUUUAUUAUUGGUGGAAUUACAAGUCUUGCAAAUUAAACACAGAACCAAAGUAAUCAUAAUCUAAGAAGACAGAUUUCAAAGAGUAAUUAUAAGAAGGAAUUAUUGAUUUUUGCAUCUGACUAAUUUGCAAAGUCUAGAGCUUAUGAUGGAUUUCAUGGUAAAGGGGAUGAAAGUCAUCUAAGAACUCAUAAUUUGAACGAAUGA